UAUCUGAUUUUACUCCAUCCAAAUGAACUAGUUUCUUCGCCUAGUGUUCCACGAUUGUAUCGGAGGUUGUGAUGGUACGUAUAUAUUGAGCAAGAGUGAACCAUACAUAGCAUUGAGCGUUGUAUUUACAAAAUAGAUUUGGUAUUGYACUAAUUAUUUUUCGUWUUUCGUUUGUUUUACUUCGAAGGUUGUGUUGAYAUGGCCAAUCCUGACAAUGCAGGUUUAGACAAACCAAUCAAUGCCCUUCAGCCCUUAGUUGAUUCAUUUUUUGACCGAGGCUUGACGCGAACGGACAUUUGGGUGCUUGCUGGUUUGGUUGCAACAGAGACCGCUGUGCCCGCGGAGMAUCGCGACAUACUUUUCGAUUUACAAUGGAUUGGACGAAAGACUUGUGAGGCGAUGGUUGAUUGUGGAGUUGAUUUCAGUGGAAAUCCAACUCUUUGUACCUCCAUGCGAGGCCCUCAUGUUGGACAAGCUCACGCAACGGCAGGAACUAGAUCUAUUCAAGCAUUUUUUGAAAACGAAUUCARCUUCAAUCCGCAACAAGUSACAGCCCUYAUGGGAGCCCAUUCYGUAGGGAAAAUGAGUCGAGAGAAUAGUGGAUUUACCGGAAGAUGGGAUUUAAGCUCGACGUCUUUUGAUGGAGGUUAUUGGAUCGAACUUGUCGGACAGCCUCCAGAUUUUGUCUUGGAAGAUGUCAAUAACGAUGAUUUGCCAGGUAUUCCGAGUCGCCGACAAUAUCGAGGCUUUGUAAGUCAAGACACUCGAGUAACCAUGCUACAUACAGACAUUUCUCUUGUUCGGAACUUGGAGGAUAUGAGAGAUGGGCAGACAAAUUGCGAUUUUAAUGGGCCAAAUCAAUGCUCGCAUGACACCCCUUUCAUGCCCCAUGCUCGGAGAUACACUCAAGACAAUCGUUCGUGGCUCGUYGACUUUAGAGADGUUUUCAACUUGCUCAUUGACCACGGUCACGCAAAGGCUGGAUUUUGUCCGCCGGGACGAAUCUGUACAUUUGGUUUCGAGCCGCAAAAUACGCUGGCUACAGAAGUCUUGCCUCCUCCGACGCAAGCCCCAUCGCCUCCCAUCAGAGAAUUCGGAGUAAACGGAGCCAGGAUAUUCGUUGACAAGACAUGUUACAAUGUAGGAGAAAGUAUUGUUGCAACCUUYGACAAUAUYUCUGCAGAAAAUACUUGGAUAGGGAUGCUUCCCCUGGGCGUUGUCUCUGACUUCACGGAUCUACCGGCAGGUCCAGACUCUGGSAGUGAGUUACUCGUAGAGUGGACACUUUCCUGUGGACAUCAUGAAUGUCAUACAUGGCUGCCUAGUGGAGGCCUUCAGUUUCCAACUGAUGGAUUGGAAGAGGACGAAUAUAUCAUUGUUGUUUCUGGUGCGGGGGGGUCUUUGGAGGGUCAAGCAGCAACAACUUUUUUCAUUGGCGGAUGCUAGAGAAGAAAAUAUUUUGUUGAAAACCAAGGUAAGACGACUACAACUUCUUAUUUCUUUGCUUUCUGUGGUUUUGGAAAAUGAAUAGGGAAAAYUAUCGACGGUUGUUCAAGUAAAAAAAAAAUUGUAGUUGCAUCAUGAUGGGCAUAUUGYGAUCGGCAGUCACGAGUGUUAUGGACAUGCGCAACAUGAACCGACACAACCAACUGAAUACAUUUCUGCCAUGGACCUUGUUAAGUUAAAGUGUAUAAUAAAACAAUUACUAUCUG